CCACAGCCCAGCAUGGGGACAGCCACCAGCGUGGUCUGCGCCCUCCUCAUCCUCUCCACGCUGUGCUGGCACAGCCUGGCUCAGAGAGCUCCAGCCGUGCCAGACAAGUGCUGCUUCAACUUCCAGACCAGAAGGAUCAGGAGGGACAACGUGGUGGCCUGUUACCCCACCAGCCCCGAGUGCCCGCACAAGGCUGUGAUCUUCAGGGUGAGGAAUGGGAAGGAGAUCUGCACCCAGGCCGGCAGGGCGUGGGUCAAGAGGUACCAGCAGAGCUUCCAAGUCAGCUCCUUCUCCAUCCCCAGCUAGCGGGGUGGCCGGGGACAGCGGGGACUCCUCCCCAUGGGGGACACCACCGAGGCAGAGGGGACACUUCUGGAUGGAGCAGCUCACCAGGGACAUCCUCCCCAUCACGAUGACCCUCACCACCUCCCUGAAGGCAAAUGGCCUUUGCCAGCCCACCAGGAUGGAGUGUCCAGACCCUCUGCGGUCCAUGGAGAGGCUGCAGCAGGCGGGGGUGAAGGGGGAGCAGCUCCACAGCUGGUUUUUGUCGACUCUGAACAGAAUUAAACGUGAU